CGCCGACUGCUCCGGUCGCCGAGCGCUAGCCUAGGCGGCGGUGGCUGCAAAGCGGCGGAGCGGGGGGGCCGGCGCCGUCUUUCCAAUCUCCGAGGCGUCUGCCGCGGCUGCACAGGAAUAAUAAUGUAUUUGUGGCCUUGGACGUGAAGCAAUCAGUCUUCUGUUGCUGUUAACUACCGUCAGGGACUGAUGUGGGAAGCAUGGACCUAAUGAACGGGCAGGCAAGCAGUGUUAAUAUUGCUGCUACUGCUUCUGAGAAAAGUAGCAGUUCUGAGUCAUUAAGUGACAAAGGUUCUGAAUUGAAGAAAAGCUUUGAUGCUGUGGUGUUUGAUGUCCUUAAGGUUACACCAGAAGAAUAUGCGGGUCAGAUAACGCUAAUGGAUGUUCCAGUAUUCAAAGCCAUUCAACCAGAUGAGCUUUCAAGUUGUGGAUGGAAUAAAAAAGAAAAAUACAGUUCUGCACCAAAUGCAGUUGCCUUUACAAGAAGAUUUAAUCAUGUAAGCUUUUGGGUUGUUAGAGAGAUUCUUCAUGCUCAAACAUUAAAAAUUAGAGCAGAAGUUUUGAGCCACUAUAUUAAAACUGCUAAGAAACUAUACGAGCUGAAUAACCUUCAUGCACUUAUGGCAGUGGUUUCUGGCUUACAGAGUGCCCCAAUUUUCAGGUUGACUAAAACAUGGGCGUUAUUAAGUCGAAAAGACAAAACUACCUUUGAAAAAUUAGAAUAUGUAAUGAGUAAAGAAGAUAACUACAAAAGACUCAGAGACUAUAUAAGUAGCUUAAAGAUGACACCUUGCAUUCCCUAUUUAGGUAUCUACCUGUCAGAUUUAACAUACAUUGAUUCAGCAUACCCAUCAACUGGCAGCAUUCUAGAAAAUGAGCAAAGAUCAAAUUUGAUGAAUAACAUCCUUAGAAUAAUUUCUGAUUUACAGCAGUCCUGUGAAUAUGAUAUCCCCAUGUUGCCUCACGUCCAAAAAUACCUGAACUCCGUUCAGUAUAUAGAAGAACUACAAAAGUUUGUGGAAGAUGAUAAUUACAAGCUUUCAUUAAAGAUAGAACCAGGGACAAGCACACCACGUUCUGCUGCUUCCAGGGAGGAUUUAGUAGGUCCUGAAGUAGGAGCAUCUCCACAAAGUGGAAGAAAAAGUAUGGCAGCUGAAGGAGCCUUGCUACCACAGACACCACCAUCCCCUCGGAACCUGAUUCCACAUGGACAUAGGAAGUGCCAUAGCUUGGGUUAUAAUUUCAUUCAUAAAAUGAACACAGCAGAGUUUAAGAGUGCAACGUUCCCAAAUGCAGGGCCAAGACAUCUAUUAGAUGAUAGCGUCAUGGAGCCCCAUGCACCAUCUCGAGGCCAAGCUGAAAGCUCUACUCUUUCUAGUGGAAUAUCAAUAGGUAGCAGUGAUGGCUCUGAACUAAGUGAAGAGACUUCAUGGCCUGCUUUUGAAAGGAACAGAUUAUACCAUUCUCUCGGCCCGGUGACAAGAGUGGCACGAAAUGGCUAUCGAAGCCACAUGAAGGCCAGCAGUUCUGCAGAAUCAGAAGAUUUGGCAGUACAUUUAUAUCCAGGAGCUGUUACUAUUCAAGGUGUUCUCAGGAGAAAAACUUUGUUAAAAGAAGGCAAAAAGCCUACAGUAGCAUCUUGGACGAAAUAUUGGGCAGCUUUGUGUGGGACACAACUUUUCUACUAUGCUGCCAAAUCUCUAAAGGCUACAGAAAGAAAACAUUUCAAAUCAACAUCAAAUAAGAACGUGUCUGUAGUAGGAUGGAUGGUGAUGAUGGCUGAUGACCCGGAACAUCCGGAUCUCUUCUUGCUGACUGACUCUGAGAAAGGAAAUUCAUACAAGUUUCAAGCUGGCAAUAGAAUGAAUGCAAUGCUGUGGUUUAAGCACUUGAGUGCAGCCUGCCAAAGUAACAAACAACAGGUUCCUACAAACUUGAUGACUUUUGAGUAAAAGCCUGAUAGAAAACAAGGUGAACUGUUAUCUUAAGUGAAAGCAAGGACCUGAUGAAAGAGCGCCAGCUAUAAACCAAUCCUGUGCCAGGAAGAGCCCAGAGGUUCCAUCUCAGCCUCUGGAGUUCUGAACCAAAAAAGCACUAAUUUCAGGGAAUGAAGUGAGAUAUUCCCAGAGAACAAAUUGGAGUUGCAAAACAAACUGCCAUGGACCAUGCUUCUUAUCUCUGAACUGACCUGUGGAAACCACUGCCUUAAAAGAAUGAAAGGAAAACCAACAUGAAACACCAAAUAGUGUGUGUGAAUCUUCUGGCGGUGCUGUGCUUGGAAUAGAUCGUAGCUAAUUUGCAUUUCUUUUAACUUUGUACUAAUUUUGGAGGGGAGAAUCGCCUUUUUUUAGAUACACUUUAAAAAGAAAAACAUAUUUCUCAUGGGUUACAUUAGGAGCUGGUUUUGAAGUGAGGUGUAAAGCCACUCCAGCUUAGUAGGGCUCCACCAGCAGCCUAGCGGAAAGGUUUGCUUGAGCUUCCAUUAGUCUGCAGCCUCACUCGCUUUUUCACGACAAGAGUGUAGGAAUUAGAAAUAUUAAUAAAGUGAGUU